AAGUCCAGACCUGGCAUAUACACUGGCCAUACAUCUGUCGAGAAUCAGUCCCUCUACCGCUGUCAGCAAUUUACACGGACACGCACGACGAUGGAACCCGCUUCGCCGCCAGCACCGAGUGCCGAUGCACCGUCAGCCGACGAGCUCCCGCCAGAAGCGAUUGCUCUGGCAGGAAGGUUCUUCGACGCCGCGCGGUCAGGUCAGAUGGAUAUAUUCGAGCAAGCCUUGCCACGGGGUCUUCCUGCGAACCUGACCAAUGACAAGGGCGACACAUUGCUGAUGCUUGCCUCUUACCACGGCCACGCCCCCUUGGCUUCGCUGCUGGUGCAGCACGGCGCAGAUCCCAAUCGCUUGAACGACCGAGGGCAAUCAAUCUUGGCAGGAGUGGUGUUCAAGAACGAGGCCGAAGUGAUUGACAUCCUUUUGGAAGCUGGGGCUGACCCCGAGAUUGGGCAGCCGAGCGCUCUGGAUGCGACAAGAGUCUUCAGACAAGAAGCAUACGAACAAAAGUUCAAAGAGCAGAUUGAGAAACUAAAAGCCGCCGGAGCCCGAGCAAUGGACGGCAGUUCAUGAUCUGUAUUCAUAGCUUUGUCUCUUCCCCUUCUAUUCCAAUGUCAAUAUACAACAGA